AUGAGUUGGAACGGAUAUUGUGAGAAAUGUGAAGUAAAUACGAGAAGCUAUUGGUGUAAGGCAUGUAAUGCAAAACGGUUUCAACAAAAUUUUAAAAAUUGGACUAGCGGUAAUAAUGAUAUUGACAAAUUUAUUCAAGAUACUCAAUUAUCAGCAACUCAUUGGUCGGAAGUAUUAGAGUGGAUACCUUACAAUAAAUUUUAUGAUAUUGAAUAUAUUGCAAAAGGCGGUUUUGGAAAAGUUUAUAGAGCAAAAUGGAUUGAUGGACAAAUUGAAAGAUGGGAUAAUGAAAAUCAAAAUUGGAGACGAUUGGAUUCAAAUAUGUUUGUAGCACUGAAAAGAUUAACAUAUGAAACACAUUCUGAAGCUGUUUAUACAAGUAGAUUACUUAAUUUUAAUAAUCUUCCCGAACCAAAAAAUUCCGACGAUUAUUAUGAAAAAAAUGACAAUAUAAUUAGUGAAAAAUUUUCAGAAUUCCUGCAAAUUAAUAUUUCUCAUUUAAAAAUUAGUGAUGCAGGACGACUCGAACAUUUGUUAAGGGUACAAAAGAUUGUGAUCAUUAAUGGUGAUAUAAUAAAUAUGAAAUGGUCAGAAAACAGUAUUAUAUGUGUCAGCUGCAGUAUUGGGAUACAAUGA